CCCCAAAUUGACUCCCCCAUAGGAAAAACUAUUCGACCUCACUCUCUCUCGCCACUGUUCCGCUCUCUCUCAUUCUUCCUAAUUUUACCCCCAAAACCUCCGAUUAUUACUGAAACGCCACUGCUCUCUCGCCGGGAUUCCGGUGAAGAGGAGGAGAUGGAUGUCGGAGUUUCACCGGCGAAGUCUAUACUUGCGAAACCUCUGAAGCUACUCACUGAAGAGGACAUUUCUCAGCUCACUCGCGAAGACUGCCGCAAAUUCCUCAAAGACAAAGGAAUGCGAAGACCGUCGUGGAACAAAUCUCAGGCGAUCCAGCAAGUUUUAUCUCUUAAAGCUCUCUAUGAGCCUGGAGACGAUUCCGGCGCCGGUAUCUUCCGCAAGAUCCUCGUUUCUCAGCCAGUAAAUCCGCCUCGCGUCACAACAACGUUGAUUGAGCCAAGCAACGAGCUGGAAGCUUGUGGCCGGGUUUCUUAUCCGGAAGAUAACGGCGCGUGCCAUAGAAUGGAUUCUCCAAGAUCAGCUGAGUUUUCCGGUGGGUCUGGUCACUUUGUAUCCGAGAAAGAUGGCCACAAGACGACUAUUUCUCCCAGAAGCCCAGCUGAAACAAGUGAGCUCGUUGGGCAAAUGACGAUAUUCUAUAGUGGAAAAGUGAAUGUGUAUGAUGGAAUACCACCUGAAAAGGCCCGGUCAAUCAUGCACUUUGCAGCCAAUCCAAUUGAUUUGCCUGAAAACGGUAUUUUUGCUUCCAGUAGAAUGAUUUCAAAGCUCAUAAGUAAAGGUAAGCUUUUGCUAAAGUGUCUGAUCUGUUUUUCAGUUGAUAGAUAGAUGAUUCAAACAUGAAAUGAUUUUGUUUUGUGUAUCAUCAAACUGGAAAAAGUUCAUGGACCAGCUUUUCUGACGCAGUAGAGCUUUUUUAUUUAUUUUCUCUUCUUGCAAACACUGCUUUUGUUUUGUCCAACUUUGAAAGGAGGCAUGGGUAGUUGACCAAGGAAGUAUGUCUAAAUGUUGCAUUGUGCUAUACUACCUUGCGUAAAAUAUCCAAAUGCCUCUUGCAUGUUUUUGUGAUAGUGAUUCCACUUUCCUUCUUCAGAGUCUAGUUUGAAUUAGUCAAAAAUCAAAUUGAAAAUGUGAAAUCUUAUUGCAGAGAAGAUGAUGGAACUUCCCCAAAAAGGCCUUGAGAAGGCGAAUUCUUCUCGUGAUUCUGGUAUGAACAGUAUUCAUAUUACCUUAAUGAUUCUCGGAGCGAAACUUGAUCAACACAUCUUCACCUGUGCAAAGCUAUGCUAAUGUUGUUAACUUGGAGGAAACUUGGCUUGCUUGUUGUUCUGCAUGUUAUAUGACCUGUGAAGUUUAUUAAUCUAACCGUCGUUCUAUGUUUUUUGGGUCGUUCUUAAGGUAUGGAGGGCCAGGCGAACAGAAAGGUAUCUUUGCAAAGAUAUCGUGAAAAGCGGAAAGACAGAAAAUUCUCAAAGGCCAAAAAGUGUCCAGGAGUUGCGUCCUCUAGCUUGGAGAUGUUUCUGAAUUGUCAGCCACGGAUGAAAGCUGCAUAUUCGCAAAACCUAGGCUGCACCGGAUCUCCACUGCAUAGCCAGUCACCUGAAAGCCAGACAAAAAGUCCCAAUCUUUCAGUUGAUCUAAACAGUGAAGGCAUUUAACAAGAUACCGAAACGUGGAGAUGCUAUAAGCUGUGAAUAGGCGUUGAAACAGUUGCUUGCUUGUAAGCUCAAAGAUAUGAAGAAAAGAAACCUCUCUUCGGAUCGGCCUUCUUUUGUGUUUCCGGGGUUUUGCACCCAUAAUUUUUGGUCUAUAGUUUUGAGUAGAGCUUAGUAGGUUAGUGGUAAUUUCUUGUUUCUGAUUCUUUUUGUGAGGAUAUAGUCACAGAGAGUAGAGACAAGAGAGGUGAAAGAAGGGCUUUCAUUUUCUAGGUGUUGUAAUGUGUAAAUGAUGUCUUACUUGACACUUUUAACGAGAGAGACCUUUUAGCCAAAGUGUUUCUUACUCUCGACUCGAGUCUUACUUUGACACCACC